GCGACAUCGUUUGACUAAAACAUCACAGAAACGUUUUCUUCUUCUUCUUCAGUCUUCGUUCACGUUUCGUCUCUUCUCUGCUACUAGCCGUUAGCUCAGCCACUGCUGCUGGUAGAGAAAGAUGAUCCAGCUCGGAUCCAUGCUCUCUGUCACACACGAUUUGAAUCAUUGAAGCUCGAGAUUCCCAGUUAUUAGACGAAUAUUCCUCGGCAAGUUGGCCGACUUGGGCUUGGGGGGAAUGUUGACAACUCCCGUGAACUCUCAUUGGCGAGCUUGGAGUAGGUCAAGGGUCACACUCUCCACCUAGUCAGGAUGCCUUUGUCGCUUUUCAGUUCUGGGAGGAAUAUUAUAUUGUUUGGGUUUGUUGAAAAUCUCCAUGGCGAUGCCAUAUUCUUGGGAAAGCUCAAAUCCCUCUUGCAGAUCCCUUGCUCCCCUGUUUUCCAGAGAUCUAAAGCCUGUGAAAUUUCAGUCUUCCUCCUACUCUCUUUGUUCCAUCUUGCUCCCCUGUUCUUUCGUUUCUCUUUGCUGUUACCAUGGUGUAAUAUAAUAUUGUUUGGGUUUGUUGAAAUUUCAUCUGGCAAGUUUUCCAAGCUCCCCUGCAUCUCCUCUGUUUUUUUCCCUCCAAAAGAAAUGGCUGAAAUCAUUCUGGGCCCUCUAGUUGAACUAAUCCUGGGCAAGUUGGCCAGCUAUGCGUCCGAUCAGGUCCUACUCCUCUGGAAUCUCAAACCCGAGAUCCAGAAACUCGGGGAAACCGUCCUCGCCAUCCAGGCCGUGCUUCUCGACGCGGAGAAGAAGCAGUCCCACAACCACCAAGUCAAACUCUGGCUCGAGAGGAUCUCCGACAUUAUGUACGAUGCUGACGAUCUGCUCGACGAUUUCUCCACCGAGGCUGCGCUCCAGAAGCAAGCAGCGACUCACCGGACGGAAGCCGGGAUGGCAGCGGCUUGUUGGAUCACGGUAUGCUCUCCAGUCUCUUCCCUUCCCAAACAGUUGAUGUAUGAUUUUAAGAUGGCUCGUGAUAUCAAGUCGAUUCGGGAGAAGCUUGAUGUCAUCUCGAAAGAGAAGGAGGAUUUCAAGUUGGAAGUUGGUACCGAGUUGGUACAAGCUCUUCCUUCCUUCAGGGAGACGAAUUCCUGCCCGCCCACCAUUGUGAUUGGGAGGGAAGACGACAAGAAAGAAAUCAUUGCCCGACUGUUGAAUCGCAACCCAGAAGCCAAUAUUUCGGUCGUCCCCAUUGUUGGGAUGGGUGGGAUGGGAAAAACCACCCUUGCUCAGCUUGUAUAUGAUGACAAACAAGUUCAAAAACACUUUGAGAUCAAAGCUUGGGUCUACGUUUCACAGAGAUUUGAUGUCAAAAUGAUUCUCAAAAAGAUGGUGGAAUCCAUAACUCGUCAGAAAGUGGGGGAUCUCACGUUUGCUGUUUUACAAGCUCAACUCCGGGAGGAAAUCGACGGCAAGAGGGUUUUGUUUGUAUUGGAUGAUGCUUGGGAAGAGAGCACUCGCAUUUGGGAGGAGUUGGGAAAAUAUUUGAUUGCCGGUGCUAUUGGAAGCAAAGUGAUGGUGACUACUCGAUCCACUAGAGUGGCAGAGUUUGCUGGCGGAGCUCUGAAGUCGAGAACAAGUAGCAGCAGCAUUGUCGAACCUUACUAUCUCUUGAAAGGCUUGUCAGAGAGUGAGAGUUGGCAAAUAAUGGAGGAGAAGGACACACUCCAAAUACUGAGGCAAGUCCCAGCAGAAGUGCAAGAUAUUGGUAAGCAAAUACUGAGGCAAUGUGGCGGAGUUCCUCUUGCUGUGAGCACCAUAGCUGGUGUGUUAGCAGAUUCAACAGAUCCAGGGAUCGAGUGGCCAUCUUUUCUACAAAAGGGACUUUUGAGCAUCAUGAAUGAAGGAGAGGCAGAUUCUAUUAUGGCUGCCACACUCCGAGUCAGCUUCAAUCAUCUCCCUUCCCACAUGAAACAUUGUUUUGCUUAUUGUGGAUUGUUUGAGAAGGGUUUUGAGUUCAAGAUUCCAAUGUUGGUUCGACUUUGGGUAGCACAAGGGUACGUCGAGUCGAGAGAUAAAGGCUAUAAUUGCUUCAAGACGUUGUGGUGGAGGUCCUUUUUCCAGGAGGUGCAAAUGGACGGGUUGGGGAAUUUUUCAACAUGCAGAAUGCAUGAUCUGAUGCACGACUUGGCCGAUUCAAUAGCCGGAGAAAAUAUCAAGAGAAGUACAAGUUCAGGCGUUCUGAAAAAUGUCCCUUCGAAGGCUCGUCACUUGUACAUAACUGAAGAUGACGACGAUGAUAAUUCAAGACACGAAGAUCACGGUGGUGGCGAGGAGCUUGGAAGCAUGAGUAAGGUGCGGACUCUAAUAUGUGUCAAACCUCUUUCAAACGAAGAACUUGAGCAAAUCUUCAACAACUUCUCACGCUUGCGUGUAUUGGUAAUAUGCCCGUAUGAUGAAAAUGCUUACACAGCAUUGAGUAUUGUUGGAAAGUUAAAGCAUUUACGAUAUCUUGGUAUGGUGGAUUUCAACAAAAUGAGACAUCUUCCCGACUCAAUCGUUAACUUGAUCAACCUGCAAGAUCUUAACUUCUUUGGUGUCGAGUCACUAGAAGAGCUACCAAGGGAUAUCAAGAAGCUUGUGAAUCUGAAGCAUCUUGAUCUUGAGCGAGAAAGUUGGGUAAAUUUUACCCAUAUUCCGAAAGGGAUUGGCAAGUUGAAGUUUCUCCAGACGCUACCAUUCUUUGUAGUGGGGAAGAGAAGCAGUUGCAGUGGUAAUGACGAGAUGGCUGGUGCAGGAUUGGAUGAGCUGAAAGGGUUGAAUGCAUUGUGUGGAGAGUUGACCAUCAAAGGCCUGGGAAGUGUCCACUCUCCAAAGAAAGGUGUGUAUGUCUUAAAGGAGAAGCUACAUCUUCAGUCACUUGUUUUAGAUUGGAGCCGGGAUGGUGAUGAUGUCAGUCCAUUGUCUACUCGUGAUGAAGGGAUACUGGAAAUGCUCUGGCCACACCCUAAUCUGAAGAAAUUGAAGAUAAAUGGUGAUGAAGGUUAUGAAGGUGUGAAGCUUCCCAACUGGCUGUGUAGCCUCACGAAUCUGGUCGAGUUCUCACUAUACCGUUGCCUGCGAUGUGAGCACCUUCCCGCGCAAUUGCAUCAAAUGCGGAGUUUAAAGAAGCUUGAAAUCGAAGAUUGUCCAAUGUUGAAGGGCAUCAAUAAUGAUGCUGACCACCGUGACUCUUCUCUGGAAAACGCAGCAACAAGAUUAAGAGAAGAGGAGGAAUGGCCGCAGUUUCGAUGUCUUGCCGCCGACUUGCGCAUUCGGGCUUGUCCCAUGCUAACUCGGCUGCCCACGUUCCCUGCCAUUGAAGGUGAGUUAUCAUUACAGACGGCGAGCUUAGCACCACUUGCUCGGACCAUGAACAUGAAGAUGAGGAGAGGAGGUGUUGAUACAGCUGUUCAUCCACUCUCCAAGCUGACCAAGUUGACCUUAGAAGGCAUAGAUGAUGAUCUCGAAUCCUUAUCGCAUCCUGAUUCGAGUAGUUGUCUAGUCUCUCUUCGGGUGUUAAAUGUUACCACUAUCUAUCGAGUCAUGAAGCUGCCUGUUUCGUUGUGUUCCAGUACACAUCUAAUGGAGAUUCGUUUACAUUAUUGCGCUAUGAUGGAGUACCUGCCACCCCUGCAUGAACUCCCACGGCUGAGGGAACUAGAGAUUUGGAACUGUCCGAAGCUGAAGGGAUGUUGGUGGAAGAAGGUGAAAGGGAAUAAUGACCAUCAUGGUGGUAGUGAUGAUUAUUAUAACUUUGAUCCUCAAAUGGAAAGAAAAGAAGAGCCAAAGGAAGACGAGGAGACUGGGGAGCAGUACUGGCCUCAUUUCCCUUGUCUAUCCACUUUAGGGAUCUUUGAAUGCCCAAAGCUGACUAGGGUACCUCUGUUUCCAACUGUUGAAGGCCGCUUGAUGAUUGGAAAGUGCGCAGAGGCACUAGCUCGUACAAUGGAGAUGAAACCAGUAGCAGCUCCUCAUCAUCCUCAUCUUGACUCUCAACACAAUUCUUCUUCUUCUUCUUCUUCUUCGUCUUCUUUGUUGCUGGGGACUGAACUUGUCGCUCCGCUCUCUAAGGUGACGCAGUUGUUCCUCGUGGGUAUGAAUGAGUUGGAAUCUCUACCGGAAGAAGGCAUCCGCAACCUCACUUCUCUUCAACGGUUGACGAUUGAUAUGUGUCCAAGAUUAGCAUCUCUGCCUCGUGCAAUGCAAGAACUCGCCACUUUACAGACAUUAGACGUUAAGGAUUGUCCCCUAUUGACAGUAAGCUGCAGAAGAGGAGAGGGUAAAGAUUGGCCCAACAUUUCUCACAUUCCCAGGAUAGGACUGGACGGAGAGCUACUCCAGGAUUUAGUUGAAGCCAAACUUGUUGAUUACUAAGCUGAAGAAGAGGAGCUACCUGGGACAGAGACCUUAAAAGGGGAAAAACAGAGGAUUAUCACUUUUCUCAGCCUCCCAAACCCAAUGAUUGGCUUUGGUCUCCCUGGAGAACAUACCUGGGAAGAUUCAUCGAAAGAUUCCUGCUGGACCUCCCUACUUCGACUACGAGAAUGCAGCUCUAGCGCCGAAAGGAGUCUGGCAGACGAUUUCACGUUGCCUCGACGACAUUGAGCCAGAGUUCGUACACUUCUGUACUGCUGCAAGGUAACGAGGCUACGUUCACAAUCACCCCAUUGAAGGAAGAUUUCCACUUCUUCCUAUUCCUCCACAGACCAUUCACGAUGUCAUCACCAUAACAAAGAGAUUUUGGCUCAAGGGAUGUGGGUAAAAAAAAAACAGAGAUUAAUCUAAACAACUAUAUGCAACAACAUUAGUUCUUUGUACUUUUAUGCAAAAAAAUUCAAUAUAUAAAG